GGGGAAUAAGACUGAUACUAGCGCUGCUGUGAGGCUUGCGCUGCUGGGGAGUUGGGGGACUGGAUAUACAUGUUGGUGGGUGUGGAUUGUCAUGGGGACACUUUGCGCAUCGUUCGGGUUACUCUGGUGACGCUCCAUGUUGAACCGUGGGAAUGUUGGAACCUUUGUGAACGUGAGAUACACACUCCACUCCCUUGAUUUCUUCCUUUGGCGAUGAAUGAGCGCUGGACGCGUCGUGGGAAUGACUGAAACGCUGUUAUGACUGUCGAUUAAGAUACCUAUUGCUCAGUAUUAUUUUGUACUUUUAUUCUCUAUCUAACUGGUAUGGAUCCGAUAAUGUCUCUAUCCACCAGAACUAUAUGGGUGCUUGGGGUGAGCGGGCAAAUCGCUUCCUAGUGAACGGCAGACGCAUACGAUGAGUCUAUUCAGUGACUAGUAGAUGCAAACCACUAGUUUUAGGGAGUCACCAUUGACAGCCUUCAUCGUUCUCAUCAUGAUGGAUUCUCUCAGUACUGUUCUAUAUAGGACAAUAACAAGAAAAAGGAACCCCUAUGUCUCUAAGCCUACCUCAAGCACCGAUACAAUGACCAGAUUCAAUAGCUUCGACACCGCAGCGCUACCACAGGAAGACUACUACGAAGCCUGCGAUCUAAGCCGCUACUUCGCCAACUUACCCGACCUCGCGUACUCCACCCACGCCAACCCUACCUGCGAUUCAGACGUGAUCGCCAGAUCUGGCCGUGCAGAUUCUCCAACUCUAGGCUACGACAAUUCCCUCCCCCCACGGCACCGCGGGAUCCACGAGCCGAAACUCUCUCGCGCGACAUGGAUCGCCGGCAUCGAGACGGUGCUGCGCCCGGUAGAAGAUGCGCAGAAGAGAGCGCUGCUGGAAGAAGCGCUGUAUACGCUUGCUCCAAGGGAGAAGAUGGACCGGAGGGAAGCGCCGCGGAGGGAGGAGAGGCAGACGCUGGAACGAAGGGAGGAGGGGUGGAAACGGCCGAGUGAUGCACAUUCGGGGCAUAGCGUCGGGUCGUCGGGUGGAUUGGGAGGGCUGCUUAGGAACUGGAGACGGAAACCGCCGGUUAACAAGACUGGUUCGUUUCGGAAGAGCCAGCAAUCAGUGCCGCCACUGCACCAUCACCAACGACCGAGCUCCCCGUUGAGUCCUCCUGUAUCAGCAACAGAAACAGCACUGACACCUACUCCCCUCCAACCCCCUCGCUACGAAUCCAUCGAAGACAAACUCCGCCGAAAAGCGACCGAAUUCUCCAAACUCCACACAGCCGAAGACGACGCCUACGCCGAACACCUCCACCACCUCACCACCGAGAACCCCCCCUCUUCUAUCCUCUCUAACUUCCUCACCCUCCGCCUCCACCUCCAAGCAUCCUGCGUCCCCCAGCACGACGCGCUCCUCGCCGCCGUCGACGACAUCGACGCCUCCCUCGCGACGGCCGGGGAAUGUGCGGAGGCGGCGGAGAUGCUUGCGCGGCGGAUUGAGGCGUGGAUGGCGGUGGAGAGGGAUGCGGAGAUGCUGGUCGACUCGGGGACGGUGGUGGACUUUGUGGGGAAGGUAGGGAGGGUGUGGGAGAUGGUGGGGAGGGUCAGGGAGGGGGUGGGGGGAAUGGAGGGGGGGAUGAGGGAGGUGAGGGAGGGAGCGGAGGAGAUGGUGGCGCAGGUGCAGGAGGCGAGGUAUGCCGUUGCGGUGGCGCAGAUGGGGAGAUGAGGGAUGUUGAAAGGCGGAUGCGAUGGAUGACUGAUAUGGGAGACUUGGAUAUAAAGAAGAUAUGACGGUGUAUAUGAGAAUGAUGAACUUAGAUAUCGGACGUCGUUACCCCUGAAUGAUGUCCUCAGAUUUAUCUGCUUACCUGGCUGUCCUGAACCUAGAGAUUAGAAUUUAGAACUGGUCAUAUUAGUUUCUCAUUGAACACCUGCUAUCCCGAUCAAACAUGACUCCUUGAGACCGAUCAUUGUAUUAACUUGAAGAGUUCCCCCAACGGAGUUCCGCCAAUGGAACCGGAGGCCUCAGCCCCCUGCCACGCCGCACCCAAUCCCCGACGUCAAUUCUUGUAAUUAGCUGGCAUCCUCUGC